AAUUUCAAAAUUUAUUGGAUUCGAAGGACAUGGAGCCGGGCAUGUACCAAGGAGACCCAAUAUUUCGCAACCAACCCUCCUAUAAAGUAUUCAACAAAUCGUUUGAGCAUGUGGACGAUACCCUGUACACAUGCUUGAAUGAAGUCAUACCGGAGGUGCUCAGUCAAGAGCUGGAAGGGCCGUCGGAGGUUUUCACAUCGUACAGCAACGACUCGGCGCCCAAGGACCCACGCACACAACAGACUGCAAAUAAAUCCGUACGGGACCACUCAAGACGGUUGCUGCCUUACAAGCUUACCAAUCUUAGGGAGAAGUAUUCCGCCUUGACAAGCCAUCAGCAGACGGCAUGUAUGAGGGUGCUUCUGGCAUGGCAACGCAACGACCCUGUGCCGGAGGACGACUUUGUGGUAUGGCGUGUCACGGAGAAGAAACGCCACACGGAGUAUCAAAUGUUCCAAAAAGAUGUACUUGAUUAUGAAACCAGUCAGAGGGAGCUGCUCUACGCUCCAAUGAAGUCGAUUGUUCAGGCCUAUAGAAUAUGGCAUGAGCUGCGAAUGAAACAGCUGCUGAAAGGCGUUCCCAAUGACACCUAUGUGACGUACUCGGGUUUGCCGCAGCUGGCCCAAUGCAACAGCCUCAAUCCUCAAACCGCAAGUGUGGAGGAGGUGCAGCUGAAGCGGAUUGUGGGCCAGGUAAGGCUGUGGCCGGAGGCGAAACUAAAGCGAGACGAACUGAUGACCCUGAAUGUGCGCUUAUGUCGCUUUUCUGGCAUAGAAACCGUCUACCCAACUAUACCGAUGCUGGAACAGCCGGAUGAAGGAAACAUCUUCGUUUUGCCCUUGGAAUCGCUCAUGAUGCUUUUGUCUACCGGUGCAUAUGUGGAUUUGCCCACGGAAAUGUUGGUCACUGUCAAGGAAACAUAUGGGAGUGAGCACAAAUGUUUCGAAUUUAAGGAUCCCUUUCCGGCGCGCAACUGCGGCUGGCACACAAGCGGCUUGCUUUUGACGCAAGCCUAUCAAGCGUACAGGGCGCAGUCCGGAGAAGAUCAGUGGCUAACGUUCGACCAGAAUGGCUCAUUGAAAGACGUCCCAGAUCUACCUUCAUUUAAAGAAUUAGCUGUAGAUCUGCAAAUGGACUAUAAACUCCAACCAGUGGACAUAGAAUCUGCUGCCAUAGAGCCUUCCAACUCGAAUACUGCCAUGAUUAGCUGGUGCCUAAGAUCCCAGGGUGAUGAUGAUGCCGAACCAAGUGAAGAGUUUCAAAUGUAUAGCAGCUUAUCGCUGGCAGGUGUGAGCGAUGCGGAGGGAGCGGAACCGCUCGGCUGCCACUUCAUCAAGCUGGAGAACAAACCAGACUGCGGCUGCGAAAUUAUGUCCAAGUACGAAUUGCUCAAGGCUUGGCUGCACUUGAAGCUCCUCAAAGCGGAGAUCGGCCACUGCAGUCGCGUAUCGCUGCGAGACUUUGAGCCACUGCUCGAGGAGAAGCUGACACUGGUUUCGCUGGAAAAGAUGCUGCACGACUACUACAACACGAGCAUGCCUCAGUUGCUCUCCCAUCUGUGCGAAUUUCUUAAGCUAUUCAAUGCUAUCCCACCUGGGGACUAUUUGCUGCGAAAUUCAGUCAAGUACAAGGACAAGUUUUUACUAUGUAAGCCCAUCAAGGAGCCCACGCCACCACCACAGAGUUUCAAGCUGCACGAGCUGCUAACGGCCACCGCACCCAGUGAUGAGUGCUUUCUCAGCCAAAAUAGCUACUUGCCCAUCUCGAACACUCUCUGCGGACGGCUGCAUGAGGAGCAGCAGCUGCUGCCCUGCGCAUUUCCAAUAAAGACCUCAGGCAUAGCAGUGAAACGUCGAAAUAAGGUCCCAGUUGAAGAACCACGACGACAGCCAAUAAACCGGAGAGUCGCUGCUCAUAGAGAGGCGCAGAGAAAAAAGGCGAAGAAAUCACAGAAGAUGAGGGCUAAAGCUCGAAAGAAGCAGACUGCAAAAAAAGAGGAUGAGAAUGAGAAAGAGAUGGACAAGUUUAUGAGCCUGUAAGGGCACACAAAUCUUAUUGCACCUUAUAUGUACAAACAUAAUAAUAAAACUUAAAUAUAAACCUA